AUGUUGACGAUAUUCUCGUGGGAAGUGCUCUCUUCAGAGCCACCGGAAUCUGGUGGAUUGGGACUCAUCUUCAGAGAGGCUGGCUGCAAAGAUCGCGUGUGGGAUGAGCCUGUAAAUAUUGCAUCCUUGUGGGAGAAGGAGUCUACAACGGGGUGGUAUUUGUAUCGAUUGGCAGCAAUAGAUGCAUCGAUGUGA